UCAGUGUGGUUAGCUUCUUGUUCUCCUGGAGAGGUUAACAAGUCAGUGGCAUAUUUGCAGCAAAUCAGUGACAGAGCUGACCCUUGGCCGCAGAAACUGUCCCCAUUCCCAGCUUAGGUCCUCAAGAGGGGGGCAGAAUUUUGAGCCUGGCAAAGCACCAGGCACAUUGUUGCAAGCAUAAUGUGUAUGCUGAAACUUUUAAAAUCAUACCCUACUUCUUCAGACACGUAUUGUUACUAAAGCUACAUUCCUAGAUGAGGCUGCUACCUCCUAGGCUAGCCCGCCCCUCCAGUGCUUGCAAAAGAGGAGGGCAAGGGAGAAAGGCAAGAGAACUGAGACAUGCCUGUGACUUCAGCUGAUUGUCUCUGCCUGGGGUAUUUAUAAGCCGCAUACUGGCGGGCUGGGGUGGGCAGUUGGCUCACCCUGACCUUGGGAGCUGGGAAGCCUGACUAGCAUUCCUGGGAGCCAUGUGAGCCAGACUGGCAGGCGCAGCUGUAGCCAAUGGGGGGGCCCAGCAGUGGCUGCUCAGAUUGAGUUUCACUCCCGUCGCUUGAGAUUAUUCUCUUUCUCUCCCUGUUGUGUUUUUCCUCUUUGUUUAUGGGAUUGGACAGCCGAAUGCAUUGACAGAGUCUUAACAAGCAAGACGUUUGCCUAAUGGAUUUGGGAUUCUGCCUUCAGUGCUGAACAACCACUUCUUGCCAUUGCUUACCAUAGCUCCAGCCCCGUUACAUGGCUGGGCUUUUAUGGCUCCAAGCUUUCUGAGCGCACAACCCGCCCUCCUGUAUUAGGGCAUUUUAUGUUGUGUUCUCUCUCGGGUACUUCCUUUUUGCUCUCCUUAGAGGUUAGUAUAUGAGGCUUUUUAAUGUAUGGGAGAUGGGUCAGGACCAGACAAAGCAACAGAUAGAAAAAGGACUCCAUCUUUACCAGUCUAAUCAGACCGAAAAGGCCCUGCAAGUCUGGAUGAGGGUUUUGGAGAAGUCUGCGGAUCCUGCUGGCAGGUUUCGGGUUUUGGGUUGCCUCAUCACUGCUCAUGCAGAGAUGGGCAGAUACAAAGAUAUGCUGAAGUUUGCAGUGGUACAGAUUGACACAGCACGGGAGCUGGAAGACCCAGAUUACCUUACAGAGGGCUACCUAAACCUGGCUCGCAGCAAUGAGAAACUCUGUGAAUUCCAGAAAACAAUAUCUUACUGUAAGACAUGCUUGAACAUGCAGGGUACCACUGUGAGCCUGCAGCUGAAUGGCCAGGUGAGCCUCAGCAUGGGCAAUGCAUUCCUGGGCCUCAGUGUUUUCCAGAAGGCUUUGGAGUGCUUUGAGAAAGCUUUACGCUAUGCACACAACAACGAUGACAAGAUGCUGGAGUGUCGAGUCUGCUGUAGCCUCGGGAACUUCUAUGCCCAGAUAAAGGACUACGAGAAAGCUUUAUUCUUCCCAUGUAAAGCAGCGGAGCUGGUGAAUGAUUACGGGACAGGCUGGAGCUUGAAGUACCGUGCAAUGAGCCAGUACCACAUGGCAGUGGCCUAUCGGAAGCUGGGGCGCUUGGCAGAUGCCAUGGACUGCUGUGAGGAGUCCAUGAAGAUUGCCCUUCAGCAUGGUGACCGGCCUCUGCAAGCGCUGUGUCUGCUGUGCUUUGCUGAUAUCCAUCUCUGUCGCAAAGAUGUGCAGACAGCCUUUCCUCGGUAUGAUUCUGCCAUGAGCAUCAUGACAGAGAUUGGAAACCGCCUGGGACAGAUCCAGGUGCUGCUAGGAGUGGCUAAGUGCUGGAUGAUCCAGAAGGAGCUGGACAAGGCUCUGGAAAGCAUUGAAAAGGCACAGGAGCUGGCAGAGGGACUAGGGAACAAGCUUGGCCUGCUGAAGCUCCACUGCCUGUGUGAAAGGAUCUAUCGCACAAAGGGGCAGCAGCGAGAAUUGCGUGACCAUGUAGUGAAGUUCCAUGAAUGUGUGGAGGAGAUGGAGCUGUACUGUGGCAUGUGCGGAGAGUCAAUUGGGGAGAAGAACAACCAGCUCCAGGCCCUGCCUUGCUCCCACUUCUUCCACUUGAAGUGCCUGCAGACCAACGGGACCCGCGGCUGCCCCAACUGCCGCCGCCUCUCGGUGAAGCCGGGCUACGUCUGAGCGCCGCCGGGACGCGGCCGGGGGUCCCCCCGGGCUUCCCCUCAGCGUCGCCGCGCCAGGGCCGCGCUGCCUCCGCU